AUGGACCCUUCCAAGGCUGCGUCUAGCAAUGUGACCGUCGAGUACACGGACCCAUCCGGGCUCUUCCCACUCGUCCAGCCCGUCAUCGAAGCAAAGCUCCCUCUGAAGAACCUCCACUGGAAAUCCCCCACCCGCCCGGUCCGCUCGAUCGAGUCCCUACGAAUUGGAUUCGUGCCCGCGCAGUCCGAAGCCAGCGAGCGCAAAUCCUCCAGCGAUGCCGCCCGCGCCCGUGCCAGUACCAGUGCCCCUCCCCAUCGGCGGCAUCAAAUCCCCGGCCUAAGGCAGACGCCCUACCUGAAAGUUUACUUGCUGCGGUGCGACGAUAACGAGUCAUACAAGGCAACUGCGCGGCGGGCGCUUCGUGAAUGGAUCAAAACAUAUGCUUCUUCGUCGAGCAGCUCGCAGUCGACUGCGACCAGCCAGGAAAAACAUGAUGCUUGCGAAUGGUUAAUUCUGCACGUCGUGCCGGACAGUGAGCCCGUGGACAAGACGCCCGCCCAAACAAGCAAAUGGGGCCGUGGCACCACCACCGUUCUGGAGAAGAUCAAGGCCGACUUCAAUGGCUCGUCCAAGUCGGCUGUCGACCGGGUCGCGCAGCUAAGGCUUCCCAAGGAGGGGACCGCCAAGCCGCAUGAAUUGGCGGAGCAGCUGGAGGACUUGAUUGACAAGAUGAAGAAUGGCAUUCUUGCUUCUUUUGACCUGCGAGUUGCGCAGUAUGAAGAGGAUAUCAAGGAGAAGGACUCCCAGCGCAGUCUGCCCGGUUGGAACUUCUGUACGUUCUUCAUACUCAAGGAAGGCCUUGCCAGGGGCUUUGAGAACGUGGGUCUCUUUGAAGAUGCUCUAGCUGGAUACGACGAGCUGGCUGUCGGUCUCGAUUCGGCUGUUCGAGACCAGCUGCAGGGAAGUGGCGAUCAGCACGGAGGCGCACUCUUAACGUCGAGCAAGAGCUGGACUGAGAAUGCCAAAAAGGCCUUGGAUGCGGGCGUGCCCCCAGAAAAUGGGGAUGCAGACGAGAAACCUUCGUUCCCUGAGCUCCAGCCUGAAGACUUCCCGCUCGAUGCGGGCAAACUGCUGUACCGGGAAAUGAUCCUGGCGAGCGACAUCUCCAUAUUUGACUUCCGCACCUAUAUCUUCUCUCGGCAGCUCACUCUACUCCUCCGAGCGGCCCGAGCUCCUUCUCUGGGUAGCAGUUCUGGAGAUAAGAAUCCAACCAAACGCGACAAACCUGAAGACCUCAGAGUGCUCGCCGAGGUCUGUGGGAGGUCUACCGAGUUUAUCAGUCUCGCUGCGCGAACGCUCCGGAGUGACCUCGAGUGCGGGCUUGCAGACAUUACGAACGAUGCGAAAACGGACAUCAUCAACAAUAUGGUGUCUGGCUGGGCCUAUUCGGCAGCUUUCCAGAUUCUGAACCAAACCUCCUCCUCGGCAUUGGCCCUUCCCGACUCUUCGACUGCCCUUGCACAGCCUAGUGAUGGACCAAGCUCCCCCGCUACCAUGGCAGAUAACCGUCCUGGUGUCCCCCGUCGGUCCAGUUCAUUGAUUUCUCCGACUGGUUCCCAACCCAGCCGUCCAGUGACCCAGGAUAUGUCUUCUGAAAGUAUUGGCCUGCUGCAACGGCGCCAGACCAUGGAUCAUCUGAAGACAGCCUCAACUACACAGAAAACUGGGUCUGAAGAUUUAGCCUCUGGAAGAGGAGACCUGCUCUUGCUGGCACGCCGAUCCCUAGAGGACAUGGCUCGACGAAGAGGCUGGGCUGAGAAAUGGAACGAUCUCGGCCUUCUCUUCGAUGAUCGUCAUCGUACGGGAGCAAAUGACCUCGCUGAUGUCUCGCUGGAUGACAAUGAUGCCCCACAGCAGCAAGAAAAGCCAGAGGCAAAGCAGGCCUCGCUCAUUGGUGUUGAACUACCUGCUCUACAGCUCGGUCUGAAAUCGAAGACGGCAUAUCUGGCACUCUACGAAAAUCUGACUGAUCGCAUGAUUCGCCAUCAUCUGGCGGCGAAUCGCGCCUAUUCCGCUGAGAUGACUCUUUCCGAGAUUGCGGUUCUGCGGUUCCGACAGCAAGACUAUGAAACCGCCGCCUCGUAUUUCCAGCAGAUAGCACCGUUUUACGGUAGCAAGCACUGGGUUGUUCUCGAGGGCAGCAUGCUGGAGCUGCAUACACGCUGUCUCAAGGAGCUCAAGCGGAAUGAGGAGUAUGUCCGAACGAUGCUGCGGCUAUUGGCCAAUUUCGCCGCGUAUCUACAAGCACAAUUGACAGUUAAGCAAAAGGCUUUGGCUGCGUCGGCAUCGUUUAUGGAGCAAGAAUUACUAGCUGGGUAUGUUUCCGGUCUGUUUGAUGCCUCGCAAUCUCUCCAGAAGGAAGUCUCAGCGUCCUUGACGGACUUCUUUACCGACCUUCAUGUCAACCCGGCGAUCCGGCUUUUCGAUGAUAAGGAUGGGUUCCAGAUUCAGCUCUCAUUACGGUUCCUGCUGGGCCAGCAAGUCGAUAUCGACUCCAUCAAGGUCCGCCUGGUCAGUGCCGGCACCGCUCAACAUGCGGAACAUUGGAUUGAAAGCUCGAACAAGUCUGUUGUCAAGUCGACGACGACGAAAAUUUUGAUUGACUCUCUAACAACCCUCCAUGGAAAAUACUUUGUUGAUCGAAUGGAGAUGAGGGCUGGUAACAUCGUCUUCAACUUCAACUGCGGGCAUCAUUCGACACUUCCUAUUGGCUUCAGAGAAGUAAGUGAAGCGGAGGAGGAAGAUCAACGACCGUACAUAUAUUGCUACUCUUCCCCGGAUGGUCUGCAGGCCAGGGUUGUGUCUCCACGUUUGAUUAAUCUGGAAACGAUGCGGACGCUGGAGCUGGAACUCAACAGUGGCCGGAAUGACAUCAAGACAGGUACUAUCCGUGUACGGCCAGCAACCGCCGGCCUACGACUGCGGAUUGCAGAGGCUGAGGUCGUCGAUGGCAAUCUCGAAGUGGUGGCCAACCACGAGUCCGGGGUGAUCGAGUUUGCGCGGUUAGCGCAACACUCGUUCGUGCGUGUUCGCAUCCCCUACACCGUGGAAGAAGCAUUCUCCGCCCUAUCUGCACGAGCAGAGAUCGGGUACGAAACGGAUCAGGGCCGCUUUGCAUUCUCGUCCGUGCACAGUGUGGUGGCCACCUUGCCCAUAUCGGUCAACGUGCAGGACAUCUUCAAGGAUGAACUGCUGUUCUCCCGAUUCACCGUCAGUCCCGCGAUGCUGAUCCCGCUUCGCAUCACGAACUGCAGUCUACCCGGCUCGCACGCCUAUGACGUGCAGUCCGGCGUCGCCGGGCCCGUCGCCCUGGACGUCUUCCCCAAGCAGCCCGCGUCGCUGCUCUACAAGAUUCAGCCCAAGCAGCCUUCAAACACGUCAGCUGGUGUCCCACGCUCGUUGAAACUGAGCGUGGAUUUUACCUGCAUCGAUGACGAAUGCCUCGAUGCAGUCGAGAAGCGGUUUGCGGCCGCCAUUGGCGAUAGCCCGUUCCGCCAAUACACGACCCUGCUCACGUCGCACAUUGUCAGUAGCUUCCGCGCGCAGCUCUCCACCGCAGACAUGGAGGCCAUUGCUCUUGUGCGCGAGGUAGAGAUGCUCCCGUAUCAGGUCGUCCGGUGGGAUGAGCUGUUGAGUGCACUCAAGGAGCAUGCCGAGGACAUGCGACAGUGGCUCCAGGCGUGGCACCAGCAUCCGGAUAACUCGAUCAUUCACCUACCCCCCACCCCCAACAUCCCCUCCCGCCGCAUCAUCAUCCCAGUCGAAGUACCCGAGAUCCAAGUCGUGCAUACAGCCGAGCUCCGCCUACCCGAAACCGACGUCUCAGGCCCAGGCGCCCACGCCGCCGUCGGCCAGAUGAUCUCCGCCGAACUAUGUCUACGAUACACGAGGCGGUGGUGCUCCCCCGCCGCACAAGAGCACGCCGGCCAGCCGCUGGAGUGUUCGUACGAGCUACACGCCAAUCCGGAUCUCUGGCUCCUCGGUGGUCGCCGGCGUGCCAACUUCCUCGCUCGCGACGGCGAAACCACCCGGUUCCCUGUUCUGCUACUGCCCCAGAAGCCGGGCCAUUUGCUGCUGCCCGGUCUAGAGAUCCGCACCUUUGUCCCAUCGUCGACGACGCAGCCACCCGCGACCUCCGAUCUGGGCGCGCCACAGCAGCGCCAUCCAAUCCCCUGUGAGGUCGACUACCGCAACCACGGCGAGACCGUGCUCGUGCUCCCGGAUCUGCGGAAGACGACUGUCAGUCUGAGUGCGCAUGGUGGCGGGGCGUCGUGGUUGGUUGAUUCGGAGCGACGGGCUGAGGUGCAUUGA